AUGGAGAUAGCCGCUCGGUUUGCCGCCUUAGACCCGCCAAGAUCUCCCGUUCUUCGGAACCAGCCCGCCGUCGAGCCCACCGGCCGUUCCCGAGUCAAGUCGAUCACCGAUGUCAAGCCCGCAGGCCGCGGCUCACUCAAGCCCGCCGAACACACCUUCCACCCCGAACCAAAGGAGGAAUUUAAGGAGGAGAAGGCUGUCGGCUCCAGCCCCAGAGCUCGCUCCAGCCCCAGAGCAGCUGCUUUAGCUAGAAACACCAUGCUGGCUGAAGUGGUGGAGAAACUGAAGAGCAGGAAACGUCCUUCUGACUGUGACGCUGGAGCUGGAGAUGUGCAGUGUGACGUCUGUACUGGAAGAAAAUACAAAGCCGUCAAGUCCUGUCUGGUGUGUCUGGAGUCUUACUGUCAAACUCAUUUUGAGCAGCAUGAGGAGUUUCACUCAGGAAAACGACACAAAGUGACUGAAGCCACGGGACGACUGCAGGAGAUGAUCUGCCAGAAACAUGAGAAGCUCCUUGAGGUUUUCUGUCGCACUGACCAGAAAUGUAUAUGUAUGCUGUGUACGAUUAUUGAACAUAAAAACCAUGACAUUGUAUCAGCUGCAGACCAGAGGACAGAUAAACAGAAGCAGCUGAAGGAGACGCAGAAGAUGCUCCAGCAGAGAAUCCAGCAGAGAGAGAAAGAUCUUCAGCAGCUGAAAGAGGCUGUGGAGUCUCAUAAGCGCUCUGCACAGACAGCAGUGGAGGACAGUGAGAGGACCUUUACUGAGCUCAUCCGCUCCAUUGAGAGAAGCCGCUCUGAGCUGAUACGGCUGAUCAGAGAUCAGGAGAAGACUGCAGUGAGUCGAGCUGAAGGACGACUGGAGCGACUGGAGCAGGAGAUCAAUGAUCUGAGGAGGAGAGACGCUGAGCUGGAGCAGCUGGAGCACACACAGGAUCACAUCCAGUUCCUGCAGAGUUUCCAGUCUCUCUCAGCACCUCCUGAAUCUACAGACGUAAAUGAUGAUCUCUUCAGUUCUCUCGUCUCUUCUGAUGCUCUGAGAGAAUCUGUUCAUCAGCUGAGAGACAAACUGGAGGAUUUCUGCAAAGAGGAGCUCAAGAAGAUCUCAGACAGAGAAACACUCACCAACAUUGUUCCCAGAACCAGGAACCACUUCCUACAAUGUAAGUCAGUAAGAAAACCAGCAGAAAACUCACUGAGUGUGUUCAUGUUCUUCUGUAGAAGCUGA